AACGGGUAACACCCUUUUAAUAAUAUCAUUCUUUAUUGAUUUAAAAGUGACCUUUUUAGUACUUACGUAAUGAUAUUAUAUAGAAAUGUAGGUUAGGUAGAACCUAUACUUAACAGCUGAACGCUGGUAAAAGUUAAUGCAUCGAUGGCCUCUAAUACUGCGGUUGUUAUUUUCUUCACAUAUUUUUUAUAAGUAUGAAAAUGGGUCAUAUUUUAAAAACAGAACAAUUAAGCUUCUCAAAAGCUGUUGUCAGGACACCAGGGACAGACUUUUAAAAUACUGAACUUUCCCAUACAAAAACAAGUUGUCUGGCCCAUUGCCGCAUGUAUGGGGGCGCUUAGUACCCUCAAGUCCUUUAUUAGCACCCCCAGAUUAUUUUGAUUUGAAAAUAUAGUUUAAUGUGUAAUUUUGCAUUUAAAAGAAAGAGUUUGGUUCAAUUUGUAUUCUUAAUGCACUAAUGCCACUGACAUAUAUUUCCUGUUUAAACAUGUUAAGUAUAUUUAAAUUAAAUAAAACAAAUAAAAAAAAAAAAAAUGAUGAAAGUAGUAAAAAUGUAGAUGACCCUGAUUGCAUCCCUUGUUCGUAAUGUAAUAGUCUGCUCGAAUGUAAUAGUCGUUGUAUUAAUUGGUUAUAAUAUAUCGGUCAAAAAAAGAUUCUUUGUUGAAAAUCAGGUUCACUACUUUGAUUUUUUUUAAUGUAGUAAUUUAUAAUUUCAUUUUAAAUGUAAUUAAUUUAUGCGUGAUGUGUAUAAUUUUGUAGCUGUAUUAGGGGCUAGGGAACCAAGUCCCCCGUGGGUCACUUUAGGGUAUAACAUUUUAGCACUCCCAAGUUAAAGACUUAAUGUGUGCUGUUCUAUGGUCUGGCCACCCUACAUGUGAACAACAUCUUAACUAGUAACACUAAAUUAGAAAUUUUGAUAAAAUUGAAAAUAAAUGAAGAAAUAUGGACGCAUGUGGUAAUCCAAUACCUGGACCAUCAAAUGGAUUUUUAAAUGUAGAAACUACUCAAUCAAUUGCUACUUAUGACUUUGAUUGGUUGGAAAAAGAGUUCAAAGGCGAUGAUUCCAAUGAAGAUGUUAAAGUUCCUACAAGUGUAAUUCAAAGUUUAAAUGAAAAUGAUAGUUAUAAAUUUGGUCAAAGUGAAACAAAUCAUAAUAUUCAAGAUUUUUUUGAAGAAAUUAAUUGCAUAGAUUUUAGUCAAAAUAUUGUACAGAGUAAUCAUACUCUUGCAGAAUUAUUAGAACAAUGCACCAAAUUUAUUGAUAUUUUAGGCCGUAAUAUAGUUUGUUUAGAAGAAAUGGCAAUUGAAAUUAACAGAAAUAUUGAAGUUUCAAAAAGAAAUGCAGCCAAGGCUUUUAGUUGUAUUAAGUUUGAAAAAAAGGCCAUUUCUAAAGUUACCAUGAAACAUUUGAAAAUAAAAGCACAUUUGUCAAAUUUUUUUAAAAUUGGCUUAUCAAACUGCCCACGGAAUCCUCAUCUCAGUGAGUUAUAUGAAACUGGAAGAUUAAUAUUGUCUAGCAAUGGUCGUUUUAUACUUGAAGAAUGUGUUGAAAGAAAUCAAUGGAACCAAGAGUUCAAAAAUAGAUUAGAAAAAGCAAUUCAUGCUGAAGUAUUGAAUAAAAUAAAAAUUCCUAUGCUCGAACAGCACUUGCGUCUUGGUGUAGAUCGAGAUAAACAAAGUGAUCCCGAGAUAAAACAUAAAAUUGAAAUUGAAAUGAAGGAUCUAGAAAAUGAAUUAGAUACUAUAACAAAAACACCAUUUAAGCAGUUAGUAUUUCAGUUUAUGGACUCGGACUCAAAGUAUGAUUGGUUACACAUUGCAAAAGAAAUUGAUAAACCUGAUUUACAAUGUCGAAGAUUUUGGAAUUUAGUUUUAAAACCUCAUAUAUCAAGAGCUAAAUGGACUAAAAGUGAAGAUGAUCUUUUAAUUAGAAUUGUUGCAAAAAAUAAUGAAAAAAAUUGGCAAAAAAUAAGUGAUGAAAUGGCUACCAACCGCAAUGAGUUACAAUGUUUUGUUCAUUAUCAAAAAUAUAAGACAAUGAUAUACAAAAAAGGAAAAUGGUCAAAACAAGAAGAUCAGAAGCUUAUGGAGGUGAUUAAAGAAAACUCCAUAGGUAAUAUAAUCAAUUGGCAAAGAGUGUAUUUUGCAAUGCAUGACACUAGAAGAUCUGUUGAUCAAAUUUAUAUAAGAUGGGCCCAUAGCUUAAAACCAGGCAUUCAGAAAGGGUUUUUGACUGAUAGAGAAAAAUAUAUUAUUCAAGAAGCGAAAAUCAAAAAUUUACCUCCAUCUAUAGUAUCAAUGAAUCUGACUAAUCGAACAACUGCACAAGUUCGUAACGCUUAUCGUAGAAUAUGUUUAUAUGGUGAAGAUAUUUAUAGAGGUAGUUGGACAACUGGCGAAGAUAAAAUGUUAUUAGAUGCUAUUAAAUCACAUACACCUAAUGAAUUUACUUGGUCACAAAUAUCUCAACAGGUACCUGGACGUAAUGCAGAACAAUGCCGUCAUAGGUUCAAAUUAAUUGAUAGAAAAACAAAACGGAAUCCAAAAUUGACUGUUGACAACUUUCCACGCUCAUCCCGACCCUUCAAACCUAAAGAAAUAUUACAUUUUCCAGAAGAAGAAUUAAAUGAAUUAGAUUUACAUGAAAAAUUUAAACACAAUCGUCAAUUUCUUAAAACAUCUAAUGUACAAAUAGAAUCAGAUGCUGAUCGGAAGUUGAAGAAAUCGUAUUUGGAUAAUAAGUUUGUUAUUGCCAAUUGCAAUUUGUCUAGUAAAUGUGAUCUCUACAGACAUGUACUCGAUUACUUAGGAGCUAAGUUGGUUGUACCGGAAACUUUUGCCCAUAAAGAUGAUUUGAUUGAUGAAGGACUUAUGAGUAUGAUGACUUAUUUAUCAAAGUGUCCCAUUGAAGUAAUGACAUUAGAUACAAGUAAUGUUGAACACAAUUUGUGUGACCCACCAUUGACCUAUGAAGGAGUUCACAAUGUUUUAAGAACAAGUGACAUUACUAAUUCUGAUGUAAGUGAAAUAGAAGGUUUGUUAGACAUUAGAAUAAGAAAUAUUCAAAAGGAACAACCAAAUGGAGGUAUCAAUACUAUGGAUACUAUUAAAAAUAAAAAAGAUCCACUACUACCAUUAAACUUCAUUGGUUCUGUACCGCCAAAUCAUGAGACCUUUAAAAUGUUGUAUACAUAUAUUAAUUCUCUAAAUUCAAGUAUGAAAACUUAUCACUUUAAAGAUUCCAAUAUGCAUUUUGAUUGGGAUGAUGAAGAAUCCAAAAAAUUACAUAAACGCCUUGUCGCUAUUUUAAGGUUGCCAGCAUUAUUUUCCAGUUUGAUACAGCACAAUAAAGCAAACAUAAAUAUGAUUGUAAAUACUGAAGAGGCUAAUAUGGUACCAUUUUCAAAUUAUUCUAGAAUUCAUUAUACUCACCCUAAAAAUAAAAAAUCCAACUUCGGUAAAAUAUAUUUUUUAUAAGAAUAUUAUGUUUUCAGUUUCUAUUAGAUUUAUAAGACAAUAUUAGUGAUUACUUGUAUAUUGGUACCUAUACUUUUAAAAUUAAUAAUUAUUCUUCUUGUUUAAUAUUUCAGUUUAAUUUGUUUCAAAAGAAAUUGGAUUUUACUUAAUUGAAAGUGUUAAUAAUAUUAUGAAUCAUAAUCUCAAUGAUUUUAUUUUGAAGACUGACAUUUGAAUUACAUUAAAUAUCGUUUAAUCUAAUGAAUUCUUAAAUACAAUUUAUUGAAUUUACAUUCCUCAUUUAUGAUUAAGAGAGCACCAUAACCGCUUGCAUUGUCUCUGCUUUGCAAACACAUAAUGUAGCAAAAUGUAUGUUCUGAAUAAUUCAAUUAGCUCUGUUGUGUUUAAUUUUAGAGUGAAUUGAUCUAUUACCAAAUUCAAAAUUUAAAUUAUUAUCUAGUAGUUGACAUAGGCUUUUUUUGUAUUUUAAUUUUA